AUGAAAUUUUUCUUUCUAUUAUUAAUUCUUUUGAUUUUAAUUGAAAUAAAUCAAAGUCAAAAUAUUUCUUUAAAAUUAAUUUGUUCAAAUGAUAAUAAUUGUGGUUAUCCAAAUGGAGAAUGUAUAUUAAAUGAAUGUAUUUGUUUAAAAGGAUGGAUUAUACAAGAUCAAUAUGAUGGAUGUACAUAUCAACAAAAAUCCAAAUUAACUGCUUUUCUUCUUUCAUUUUUUCUUGGAAUAUUUGGUGUUGAUUGGUUUUAUUUAAGUUGUGGAAAUUUUGCUUAUAUUAUUGCUGGAAUUAUUAAAUUAAUAACAUUAGGAGCUUGUGGAAUAUGGUGGCUCGUUGAUUGGAUUAGAUUAUUAGCUAAUGCUUUUCAAGAUGGAAAUGGUAUGCCGCUAUUAAACUGGAAUAAUUAA